GAGAUUUCGAAUCAUGAUUGUUGCGAAGAAAUUUGCCGUUCUAUUGUGCGCGGAGGAUUCGGAUUAUGUAAGUAUAAGGUACGGAGGGUAUUACGGGGUAUUCGUGGAAAUGCUGGCGGAGGAAGGGGAGACGUGGGAUGUUUUCAGGGUGGCGAACGGUGAGUUUCCCGACGACGAAGAGAUCGGCGAUUUUGAUGGCUUUGUUAUUACCGGGAGUUGCAACGAUGCUCACGGGAAUGACGUUUGGAUCUGUAGGUUGAUUUCUCUCUUGAAGAAAUUGGAUUCCUUGAAGAAGAAGGUUCUUGGGAUUUGCUUUGGUCACCAGAUUCUUAGCCGUGCACUGGGAGGGAGAACAGGACGAGCCAACUCGGGUUGGGACAUUAGAGUAAGAACCAUUCAUAUAUCCUCCUCCUCCUCAAACCUUUUCACUUCUCUCAAAAUCCCCACCACUCUUUCCGUCAUCGAAUGCCACCGAGAUGAGGUUCAAGAACUUCCACCAAUGGCAGAGGUAAUAGCAUGGUCCGAGAAAACCGGGAUCGAGAUGUUUAGGUAUGGGGAUCACAUAAUGGGCAUCCAAGGCCACCCUGAAUACACCAAAGACAUCCUGUUCCAUCUAAUCGAUCGUCUCACGCAGCGAUGUUAUAUUGAGGAUUCGUAUGGGGAUGAGUUGAAGGGGAAGUUGGAGAAAGUGGAGCCUCACAAGGAUGCAUGGAAGAAACUGUGCACCAGUUUCCUCAAGGAUAGAUUAUGAUGGAUGGUGUUUCUAUUUUCAUUUGUGUUUU